CAAUUUCAACAGCCGCGGCCACACUGAUGCGAAUUCUAUAUUGCAACUCGAUCGUGCGUGUUCUGUGCUUUUGGGAGUGCGAGGUGUGAAAUUUCGCCACAAACGGGUUCCGCCGUCCUGGAAAGCCUGCCAAGUCCUCUGCCGCUGGAAAUCAACUGCCCAACGCCGUCGCGUGUUUCCGACUGACCAGCCGUGUGCGUGUGUCCGCGUUCAGCAGUGUGCGUGUGUGCGACAGAGAGCGGGCGAGCGGUGCAGCCGCAACUGGGAAAUUAGAUUGCCAAUAUUUCAGCGAGGAGACAAUGUCGAGCGGUCAGCAAUUGAUGGCCGAUUCGCCAGCCUGCAGCUCCACUGACCAUUCGCCGCUGGCCAAAAAGAGGCGAUUGGAGCUGGCGGGUUCGGGUGAGGGGCAAGUGGGGAUGGAGGUGGAAGAAGCCGGCGGAGCAACGAGCAGCAGCAGCAACAACUACGAAAAUCACGACAAAGCAGGAGGCGGCGUUGACAUUUCGAGCAAGUGCCAGAGCGAGACGACUAGUGAGCGCCAGCUGGAAUUGUGCGUAUCGUCGUCCACCUCUGACACAUGCGGCGCUAAUGCGACGACGAAGCGGGCCGAAAAGCAGAAGCCGAAACAGAAUCAGGGAAGCGGCGACGACGUUAGUACCUCGUCAGCAGUGGAAAAGGAAGGAAGCAAGCGGCCGGAGAAGCGCAAUUACCUGGACACGACCACAGCAGAAUCGCAAGAAGCCUCCUCCAGUGGAUCCAGCACCGCCAACAACAACAAAGUCAGCUCCAGCAACAACAAUAGCAGUAAUAACAGCACCAAUAAUCGGCAACCGGAGGGCAAUAGCAGCAUGACUGGAAACAGUGCCGCCGCCGCCGGCGGAGAUAUCGAUGAAUCGCUGUACUCGCGCCAAUUGUACGUCCUGGGUCACGAUGCCAUGCGCCGGAUGGCCAAUUCGGAUAUCCUGCUGUCGGGCCUGGGCGGACUCGGUCUGGAGAUAGCCAAGAAUGUGAUUCUGGGCGGUGUGAAAUCGAUCACCCUGCAUGACACAGCAACUUGUGGGCUCAAUGAUUUGUCAUCGCAGUUCUAUCUCACGGAGGCCGAUUUCGGCAAGAACCGGGCGGAGGCCUCCUGCGCCCAGUUGGCCGAGCUAAACAACUAUGUGCGCACCGUGUCGCACACGGGACCGCUGACCGAGGAGUUCCUGCGCCAGUUCCGCGUGAUGGUGCUGACCAACUCGGAUGCGGAAGAGCAGCAGAGGAUCGGAAAGUUUGCCCAUGAAAAUGGCAUUGCUCUGAUCAUCGCCGAGACGCGGGGACUGUUUGCCAAGGUGUUCUGCGACUUUGGCGAGAACUUCACCAUCUACGACCAGGAUGGCACCCAGCCGGUGUCCACCAUGAUUGCCAGCAUCACGCACGACGCUCAGGGAGUGGUCACCUGCCUGGAUGAGACGCGGCAUGGUUUCAACGACGGCGACUAUGUCACCUUCUCGGAGGUGCAGGGCAUGCAGGAGCUGAAUGGCUGCCAGCCUCUUAAAAUCACCGUGCUGGGACCGUACACCUUCAGCAUCGGCGACACCAGCAAGUUCGGCGAAUACAAGAGCGGCGGUGUGGCCACGCAGGUAAAGAUGCCCAAGACCAUUAGCUUCAAGCCCCUGGCGCAGGCCACGGAGGAGCCCGAGUUCCUGAUCUCCGAUUUCGCCAAGCUGGACUCCCCGGCCACACUGCACGUGGCUUUCAAUGCACUCUCCUGCUACCGCAAGGCCCACAAUGGAGCCUUGCCGCGACCGUGGAACGAAGAGGACGCCAACAAAUUCCUAGAGGUGGUCCGUGCCAGUAGCAGCGCAGAAGUCGAUGAAAAGCUGGUGCUGCAAUUCGCCAAGAUCUGCUCGGGUAACACGUGCCCGCUGGACGCGGCUGUUGGUGGAAUUGUGGCCCAGGAGGUGCUCAAGGCAUGCAGCGGAAAGUUCACCCCUAUUUUCCAGUGGCUGUACUUUGACGCUCUGGAGUGUCUGCCCAACGAGGGCGUUGAGGAGGCGGAUGCCCAGCCCGUGGGAUCGCGAUACGAUUCCCAGAUUGCCAUUUUUGGCAAGAAGUUCCAGGAGAAGCUGGCCGACGCCAAGUGGUUUAUUGUCGGCGCUGGAGCUAUCGGUUGUGAGCUGUUAAAGAACUUUGGAAUGCUGGGCCUGGGAACUGGCAAGGGCCAGAUUUUCGUCACCGACAUGGAUCUCAUCGAAAAGUCGAAUCUGAACCGGCAGUUCCUGUUCCGGCCGCACGACGUACAGAAGCCGAAAUCUAUGACGGCCGCCGACGCCAUUAAACGCAUGAAUCCAGAAGUGAACGUUACCGCCUACGAGCUGCGUGUGGGUGCCGAAACAGAGAAGGUGUUUUCUGAAGACUUCUUUGGCAAACUUGACGGUGUAGCUAAUGCGUUGGACAACGUGGAUGCUCGUAUCUAUAUGGAUCGCAAGUGCAUCUUCAACCGCAUCCCGCUGGUCGAGACCGGAACACUGGGAACCUUGGGCAACGUCCAGGUGAUCGUGCCCUUCGCUACCGAGUCGUACAGCUCGUCGCAGGAUCCCCCUGAGAAGAGUAUACCGAUCUGCACGCUGAAGAAUUUCCCCAAUGCCAUCGAGCACACUUUGCAGUGGGCGCGCGACGCCUUCGAGGGCGUCUUUAAACAGUCCGCCGAAAACGCUGCCCAGUACAUUGCUGAUCCCCAGUUCACUGAGCGAAUUGCCAAGUUGCCGGGUAUUCAGCCACUGGAAAUCCUCGACUCCAUCAAGAAAGCCCUGAUCGACGACAAGCCCAAGAGCUUCGCAGACUGCGUGGAAUGGGCCCGUCUCUACUGGGAGGAUCAGUAUGUCAACCAGAUCAAACAGCUGCUCUUCAACUUCCCACCCGAUCAGAUCACCUCCAGUGGUCAGCCGUUUUGGUCCGGACCCAAGCGGUGCCCCGACCCGUUGGUCUUCGAUGUCAACGACCCCAUGCAUCUGGACUUUAUCUAUGCGGGAGCCAAUCUGCGAGCGGAGGUCUAUGGCAUUGAGCAGGUGCGCAAUCGGGAGACGAUUGCGGAGCUGGUGCAAAAGGUUAAGGUGCCAGAGUUCAAACCCCGUUCGGGCGUGAAAAUCGAGACCAAUGAGGCAGCCGCCGCCGCGUCGGCCAACAACUUCGAUGAUGGUGAGUUGGACCAGGAUCGCGUGGACAAGAUCAUUACUGAGCUACUCAAGAGCGCCGACAAGAGCUCAAAGAUCACACCUCUGGAGUUCGAGAAGGACGACGACAACAACUUGCACAUGGACUUUAUUGUGGCCUGCUCAAAUCUGCGUGCCGCCAACUACAAGAUCCCACCUGCCGAUCGCCACAAGUCCAAGCUGAUUGCGGGAAAGAUCAUACCUGCGAUUGCCACCACCACGUCGGUGCUGUCUGGCCUGGCUGUGCUCGAGGUGAUUAAGCUGAUUGUCGGCCACCGGGAACUCGAAAAGUUCAAGAACGGCUUUGCCAAUCUUGCUCUGCCCUUCAUGGCCUUUUCUGAGCCUCUACCCGCUGCCAAGAACACCUACUACGGCAAGGAGUGGACGCUGUGGGACCGCUUUGAGGUGGCCGGCGAGCUGUCGCUGCAAGAGUUCCUCAACUACUUCGAGGAGAACGAGAAACUGAAGAUCACAAUGCUGUCGCAAGGCGUGUCCAUGUUGUACUCCUUCUUCAUGCCCAAGGCCAAGUGCUCGGAGCGACUGCCGCUGCCCAUGUCGGAGGUUGUGCGUCGCGUGUCCAAACGCCGCCUGGAAGCGCACGAGCGGUCCCUGGUCUUUGAGAUCUGCUGCAACGAUGUCGACGGCGAGGAUGUUGAGGUGCCCUACGUCCGCUACACGCUGCCCUAAGCCCAUAUAUAUUCCUAAUUUAACCAUUAAAUUAUUUUACGAUCCCGUUUUGUUGUCGGCGCCGCGUUUUGGAAUCGCAUAGCCCCAACGCAGAAGUAAUGUCUAGCUGUUUGCAUUUUAAUUUUCACAACCACCAUUACGAGGAGCAGCCCAGAUCUAGAAAUUAUAUAUUAUGUGUGUGUAUCCUCAAAGGAAUGGCAAAUGAAUUCGCAUCAUACGAAAUACAAAGACUCGACUUAAAGCAAAAACUUAACUGCAUCUGAAGAAACUCUCUGCUCAGCAUAGUUGUAAAAGAAACAAAUUACGGAAAACUGAAGGCGGACCUUAAUCGCAUUGAGUAAUUGGAAAUUGGAAACUGAAUGAGCCAGGCGGAAAAUUUCACACUUCACUCAUAUAUUUUUUUUAUAUGAAAGUAUAAACUAAUUACAUCAUUGUAUUAAAGGAGUAAAGCAAAUGAAUAAAGCUGUGUAUUUCAUAUGGUAA